AUGGCGCCGGCGUACCUGGCAACCGUCCCUGCGCUCCGGCGCGUGGCGCGGUGGGCCCCGGUGGCGCUGUUCUCUUCGGGCAUCGUCGCCGGCGACAAGCCCGUGCUGGUUCGGGAUUUCGUCAAGUCGGCGCUCUACGAUCCCAACCACGGCUACUUCUCCAAGCGGUCGGGGCCCGUGGGCGUGCUCGACUCCGCCAUCCGCUUCAACCAGCUCCAGGGGAGGAGUGCAUACAUGAAGCAUCUUGAUAAGCUGUAUAAGAAACACGAUAUUUCUUGGUUUACUCCAGUGGAGCUGUUUAAGCCAUGGUAUGCCCAUGCAAUAGCUGCAUCAAUCCUGCGCACAGCUAAUCUUUCAGUCCCAUUGAAGAUAUAUGAAAUUGGUGGUGGAUCUGGGACAUGCGCUAAGGGUGUACUUGAUUACAUGAUGUUAAAUGCUCCGCCAAAAGUCUACAAUAAUAUGAAAUACAUCUCAGUAGAGAUCAGCUCCUCCCUUGCUGAAAAGCAGUUGGAAACUGUCGGUGAACUACAGAGCCAUUUGUCAAAAUUUACAGUGGAGCAUCGUGAUGCAACUGACAGAAGUGGAUGGGGAUCCAAGGAUCCCCAACCAUGUUGGGUGCUCAUGCUUGAGGUACUUGACAAUCUACCUCAUGACCUUGUCUAUUCACCAAAUCAGGUCUCCCCAUGGAUGGAAGUGUGGAUUGAAAAAGUAAACGGCAGUUCACAAGUCUGUGAGGUCUACAAACCAUUACAAGACCCGUUAGUUUCCCGCUGCAAUGAGAUUGUUAGCAUGAAUGAACAGGAUCCUUCUUUGAGAGAAAAACUAUCAUUUGCUGCAAAAGGUAUCUUCUCAAAAGUUUUUCCAAAGCCUCGGAGAGCUUGGUUACCAACUGGAUGCUUGAAACUGCUGGAUACUUUACAUGAAGCUUUGCCAAGCAUGUCCCUUAUUGCUUCGGACUUCAGUUAUCUUCCUGAUGUUAGCAUACCUGGCGAUAGAGCUCCAUUGGUUUCUUCAAAGAAGGAUGGGAAAACCUUGGAUCAUAACAACUAUCUUGAUGCACAGGGUGAUGCGGAUAUCUUCUUCCCAACCAAUUUCUGGCUUUUGGAGCAGAUCGACCAUCACUGCUCUGGCUUUUCAAGAGAGCAGAAGAAUCGUGGUGCUUUUAAACCAGUGAAGAGUAGGAGAACGAUCAUACUUGAUUCGGCUGCCUUCAUGGAGGAGUUUGGGCUGCCACUGAAGACAAAGACCAAAGAUGGCUAUAAUCCACUUCUUGAUGAUUUCAGGAACACAAAGUUCUACCUCAGUGUUCCGACCCACAACAAGGUGUAGUCCAGCCUGAGUCUGUGUUGCUACUUAUGUUUGCCCAUCGAAGCACUACAUUAGACGCUAGUGAAUAUGGAAUAUGCAAUGGCCAGUAAGUAAUCAGUUUGUGAGAUCAUACUAUUCUAGACCUUCUUUUGUAUAGAAGAGAGCAAAAUCUUAGGAUUUUGUUUGAACUGACUUCGGAAAGUCCAAGUUCUUUUGAUAAGUUUCUUCUUUUGUUUGUUGUUUUUAGAAGUGAAUAAUGUCAGAACUAUGCAGAAAUUUCAUUUGCUUAGGAUCUGUCUAUGUAUUAAGCUCGCAGUUACCCUCAAGAUUUUUGAAGAAUAUAAUAAACCAAUAAUACCUGUGUUAAA